AUGACUGAAGACUUAUUCAAUCAAGCUGAUAUUAACAAAGAUCAACGACUUGAUAUCGAUGAAUUUCGUGGUCUUCUCAUACGCAAUUUAGGUGUUGGCUCGGCCUCAUCAGGUGCAUAUGGUGAUGCAAGUGCUGCUGGUGGCAAUUAUAGCGGCGGCUUUGAGUCACUGGGGACAACUGUCAACGGUGCAGGUUUCGCUGGUGGAGAAUCAAGCUAUGGUUCAUUCAACCAAUCAGCUUAUUCAUCGACGUCUGGUGUAGGUGCCAGUAGUUUUAAUGAUAGUACUUUAGGAGGUGCCAAUGUUAGUGGAUUUGGUGCUAGUGCAUCAUCAGGUUUCGACCUGAACAGUUAUGGUGCAGGUGCUACUUUAUCAAAUGAAACUGGAGGAUUUUCAUCGCAAUCAACAGCAGAAGCAAGUACUUCUCAACAACAAUUUCAACUAGCGACAAAUAACCAGCAAAAUCUUUUUCAUGACCCAAAUCCACAAAUUGUACGUCGUCCAGCGCCAGGUGGUAGUCUAACUUAUACACAAAACAUUCGAGUUCGAUUUCUUCAACCACCACCUGUUCCACCUCCAGGCCCACUCAUCAUUAAAGAGGUGCGUGCACCUCAACCACCUCCACCAGUACCACUUCGUAUUCGUCAACAAGCACCACCUCUACCACAACCACUGCCACUUGUUUUACGUGAAAGACCACCAAAUCCACCUGCUGUUAUUGCUUCACAAACUGUUAUUCGUCGAUUAGCUGCUAUUCCUGUUCCACCUCGAUCAGUCAUCAUCGAACGCUUACCACCUCUACCACCUAAGCCUCGUGAUAUUAUCAUCGAACGAUGGGUUCCAUAUGGAGCACAACCAAAACGAAAAACUAUCGUUCAACGAGCAGAAGCUGCCAAAGAAUAUCCUAAACCUCGUAAUAUCAUUGUUCAAUAUGAACCCGUUCAAGUACGUGUUGUUCGACAAUUUCAACGUCUUGGUGUUACUCCAGAAAAUCCACAAGCAUACAUGCAACGUUAUCGAACAGUACUUUUAGAUGCUCAAUCAUUAGUACAACAAGCACGUACUGCUGGUGUUGUUGAAGAUAUCUCCGCACCACGAGCCGCCGGAAGUAGCGAAACACAUUCAACAGCAUUCAAUGCACAAUUCACUAGUGGAAGCUCUGGAAUAGAAACAAGUGGCAGCGCAGAUUUUACACUAGGUGGUGGUGUAGGUCAUACAGUUGGUGGUGAAGCUGGUGCUUCGGCAUCAUCUUUUGAAUCAUUCAAUUAUGGUGGUGGUAGUGGUCAACAAGAAAAUGCUAGCUAUUCAGGCAUUGAAUCAGCUCACAGCGUUGGUGUUGCUCAUGAUUUCUCAUCAUCAUAUGAAGCAAAUUCAUCGGGAUUUCAAGGUGGUAGUGGUAGCACAACCGGAUACGAAAAUUAUAGUGCUUCGACAGGUGAUGCUUCAAAUUUUGCUGCUAAUGCAUUCAGUGCAGCAGAUACAAACAAGGAUGGAACCCUUGAUGCCGAGGAAUUUCGUCGAUUCCUCAGUUCUCAAAUUUAA